AUGGAGGAUUCAUCAGAAAUAACUCCAAACUCAAACUUUCUUUCUUCACUACAAUGUCCUGAAUGUUCUGAUUAUUUCACUGUUCCAAUCUUUCAAUGCGAUAGUGGCCACUCACUCUGCAACAAAUGCUCUCAAACAUUAUCUCAGUGCCCCAUCUGUGAUGAUCAAAUUGGAAGAAAAUUACGAAAUUACCACCUAGAACAGCAAUUAUAGCUCAUCAAUCUCUAUAGAUCUUCAUCAUGGAAAAAAUAGCCGGUAUAAUUGAUUUCAUAUCUUGCAUGCUUUAGAUCAGAACCCUUACUAUUUUGGGAAAUUUUCAGGCUAUCAAUAAAAUCUCAUGAAUUUUAAACUAGCUUAAUCUAGUUUAAUUUAAUUUUUUUUAAAUAAUUAUAAAAAUAUUUCUAACAAUUAGCAUGAAUAUCAGCAAAAAAAAGCCAAAACGGCUUAUUUCCCCACCUUACUCGAAAAGCGGGAAUUUUGCGGAAAAACAGCAUUGGCCUAAUCUAGUGAACUAAAAAUGAUUAGUAAAAAAUGUUUUUAAACCAUUCUGAAAUUAAACGAGCCAAACUUAAAAAUAUCUUUAUUAUAAAAAUUUAUUUUUAAUUUAAGAUACCCUUAUAAGCUGGCACUGAUGAGUAUCCCCAAUUUUCCCUAUUUUCGAAAGAAUUUCGGCUCAAUCAAGUAAAUUUAAUUAAAUUCAGUAUGUAAUUAUUAUAAAAGGAUAUUCUUUUUUUAAGACAUUAUAAAUUUGUGUUUUAUUAAUUAAUAUAGUUUAAUUUAUAUAUAUACCUAAAAUGAAAAAAAGACUUGAACUGUACACUUUUUCGGUCAAGUAUGGAAACAAUCUUGUAGAAGUUUUAGUUAUUGGAGAUCAAUUACUUGUAAUGCUUAAGAUUCCAUCUUAUUUUGGCACAUACACUAUUGCUCGAUUUUCUUUGUCAAGCAUUUGACUUUAGCGAAUUUCAAAAAAAAUGGCUUAUGUAUAUUUGAUACAAAAAAAGAUUCGAAAUAUGCAUUUUUCCGGUGAAGUGUAGACAAAAUCUGAUAAGGACUUAGUUUUUUGAUAUUGAGUACUUGCGAUACUUAAGAUUUCCAACUUGUUUUUUAAUAUAUUUAUAUUGUUCGAUUUUCUUUUUCAAAUAUUUGACUUUAGCGAAUUUCAAAAAAUGGCUUCUAUAUAUGGAUGCAAAAAACUGCGCACUUUUCCUGUGAAAUGUGAAACAAUCUGAUUGGGUUUUAGUUGUUGGACAUUGAGUGUUGCAAUACUUAAGAUUCCAGCUUGUUUUAAUGUAUGAACAAUUAUUUGAGAUAGAUCGACUGAGGCAUUUAUCUAUAAAUAGAUUAUAAGAGUAUUAAUAAAAAAAUUAUAGUGUCUUUAAAAAUGAUUACCCUUUUAUAAUGAUUAUUUAUACUGAAUUUAAUUAAAUUUACUUGAUUGAACUGAUAGGGAAAAGUAGAGAUACUAUCAGUGCCAGUCUAUAAGGGUAUCUUAAAUUAAAAAUAAAUUUUUAUAUAAUAGAAAUAUUUUUAAGUUCGUUUACUUUCAAAAUGGCUUGCACUUGUUACUAGUCAUUUUUAGUUCAUCAGAUGUAGGCCAAUGCUAUUUUGCCACAUAAUUGCCACUUUUUAAAAGGGCGAGAGAAGAACCAUUUUAAACUGUAAAUAACCUUGGCUUCAUUUUCCAAGCCUUCAUGCUCAUUAUUAAAAAUGCUUUCUUAAUUAUUUAAAAACAAUAUUGAACUAGUUUAAAAUAAGUGCUUUUAUUAUUUUAUCUGAAUGUUCCUCUAAAGAUUGAUGGGUCUGGUCUAAGACGUGCAAGAUAUGAAGCCAAUUAUAAAGGCUAUUUCUUUGAUGAUAUCGAUCUAUAAAGGCUCAUGAGCUAUAUCCACAAUAGAUUAUAAAUGCCAAUACCCAGGCUGCACAGAAAUAAUAAAACUGGCAUCUCGAGUAAAGCAUGAGGAAGAGUGCCCAUUUGGACCUAACUUGCAAUGUUUGCUGCAAAAUUGUAAAUGAGUUGGGACCUCAGGCAGACUCCUUUCCCAUUUGAAUGCCAAACACAAAAUCCCUCAUUAUGAUAUUUUAGGAGAUACUGCAGAAUACUCAUCAAGAUUAAGAUCAAGUUCUCCAUCUGCUGGCUGUGUCAAAUUAUUACAUACCUUUUAUGUAGAUGAUUUGCAGCCUUGCACUAUUUUGACUUACAUUUUUAUGGACGGCUCAAAAAAUUUGCUUUAUCCUCAGUUUCGAGCGAUUUCAGGAAAUCCCUCAAAGUUUACAUUGACAAUAUGAAACUCAGACUCAGACGAAGUAGAUGAAUUAGUAAUUAUAGGGAAACCAAAGAUAGUAAAGUACAGUCUUGAAGAAGAAAGAGAAAGAAAAAUGUGUCUGGCGCUAGAUCUUGACAGCAUGGUCAACAAAUUUGCAUUUGAAGAUAAAGUGGAAAAAGAGCAUAAACUGCUGCAUUAUAGACUCACAGUUAAACUUGCUGAAAAUAAUAAUUAG